AUGCAACCAACUUUAAGUGAAGAGGGAAUUUCCUCGAAUGUGAAGGAAUACGGGACACUUUAUAUUCAGGAAUACAGGAAAAACAGCAAAGUGGAAUCGAGUACAUGCAGCAGCAGCUUCAUGGGCUUGAAGGAUCAUCUGGGGCAUGACCUAGGCCAUCUUUAUGUGGAGCGCACUGACACACAAAUAAAUGCAGUUGGAUCUUGGUCAAUGGUGGAGAAACCAACAAUGGAUAAAGUUAACUCUAGGAAGGAAGAUGCAGAUAAGGAGGCAUCUGAGGAGACUGGAAGCUCCAGUUGUGAUUCAGAAGAGAGCACAAAUUCUGAUAACGAGUCAGAGAGGCUGAAUAACAUUACAGCAGAAUCACAUCAUCUACCGAAGACUCACCGACAACUGUGCAGGUCUCCCUGCUUACAGCCUCAUGUACUAAAACGUAACGAAAUCUUACAAGACCUUAAGAUAGAGGAGGCCCAGAUGGUAUCUAAGAAAGUAAAGAAGCCCCCUGAUGUGGUGAAGGAAUAUCAAACCAAACUGGAGUUUGCACUUAAGUUAGGUUACUCUGAAGAACAGGUUCAACUUGUGCUAAAUAAGCUUGGCACUGAUGCUUUAAUCAACGAUAUUUUGGGAGAACUUGUCAAACUUGGAAAUAAAACUGAGACUGACCAGCCUGUAAAUAAUGUUAACACUAACAUAAUGCGUGAAGCAUCUUCCAUAGAGUCUCAGAGGUCUGAGUCUCCACUUCAGGAGGAUGUGACUGAAGAUGGAGAUAACCUGAGGCCAAUAGUUAUUGAUGGCAGCAAUGUGGCAAUGAGCCAUGGGAACAAAGAAGUAUUUUCUUGUAGAGGAAUAAAAUUGGCAGUAGACUGGUUUUUGGAAAGACGCCACAAAGAUGUUACAGUGUUUGUGCCAGCAUGGAGAAAAGAACAGUCAAGACCUGACGCUCUUAUCACAGAUCAAGAAAUCCUGCGCAAGUUAGAAAAAGAGAAAAUUCUGGUGUUUACACCAUCCCGUCGUGUGCAGGGGAGAAGGGUGGUAUGCUAUGAUGACAGAUUCAUAGUGAAGCUGGCCUUUGAGUCAGAUGGUAUCAUUGUGUCUAAUGAUAACUACAGGGAUCUAGCUAAUGAAAAGCCAGAAUGGAAGAAGUUCAUAGAUGAGCGAUUGUUGAUGUAUUCAUUUGUCAAUGACAAGUUCAUGCCUCCUGAUGAUCCUCUUGGCCGUCAUGGCCCAAGCCUUGACAAUUUUCUAAGGAAGAAACCUAUUGUACCGGAACAUAAGAAGCAACCAUGUCCAUAUGGAAAGAAAUGUACCUAUGGACACAAAUGCAAAUACUACCACCCAGAAAGAGGAAAUCAGCCUCAGCGGUCUGUUGCUGAUGAACUUAGAGCCAUGUCUAGAAGCACAGCUGCCAAAGCUGCAAGUGAAGGAGGACUGGUAAAAAGCAACAGUGUUCCUUGUAGCACUAAGAUUGAUGGCACUUCUGAUCUCAAACGUGCUGCUCCAAAGAGGCAAUCAGAUCCUAGUAUAAGGACUCAAGUCUACCAAGACUUGGAGGAAAAGCUUCCCACCAAAAACAAAUUGGAAACCAGGUCUGUUCCUUCUUUAGUUAGCAUACCGAAUUCUUCAGUUGUAAAACCCCAAAGUACUGCACCUUUAAGCAAUGGCCUUCCAUCCGGGGUUCAUUUCCCACCUCAGGAUCAAAGACCACAGGGACAAUAUCCUCCAAUGAUGAUGGCAACCAAAAAUCAUGGAACGCCAAUGCCUUAUGAGCAGUACCCAAAAUGUGAGUCUCCUGUGGACGUAGGCUACUACUCUAUGCUGAACGCCUAUUCGAAUCUAAGUAUCUCUGGUCCACGCAGUCCUGAAAGGCGUUUCUCCUUAGACACCGAUUAUAGGAUUAGCUCUGUAGCUUCUGAUUGUAGCAGUGAAGGUAGUAUGAGCUGUGGUAGUAGCGAUUCCUAUGUGGGUUACAAUGAUCGGUCUUACAUGAGUUCACCUGACCCGCAAUUAGAAGAGAACUUAAAAUGCCAACAUGUGCACCCACAUAGCCGCCUUAAUUCACAGCCCUUCCUGCAGAGUUACCAUGAUCCUUUAACAAGAGUGCAAAGUUACAGUCAUGAAGAACCAAAGCAUCAUCACAAACCUCCUACUCCAUACAUGUCUGUACAUCUACAGCAUCCUACAGUUGGUGCUCGUUCUAGUUGCCCUAAUGACUACUCUGCUCUUCAAAGUUUGCAACAUUCAAAGACCAUGCAUCUGGGGAGGGCCCUUGUAUCCACAAGAAUAGAUAGCAUUUCAGACUCACGUUUAUAUGAUAAUUCUCCAUUAAGACAAAGAAAGCCUUAUUCCAGCCAAGAUGGGCUUGGAAGUUGGGAUAGGCAGAGUUAUGGGAUUGAUGCGUACGGCUAUCGUCAGACUUACUCCUUGCCUAGUAACCCCACUCAGCCAUGUUACGAGCAGUUCGCCUUCCAAAGUUUACCUGAGCAGCAAGACCAGACUUGGUGCAUACCUUACUGUGGAAUUCCUCAAGAUCCUCCAAGGUAUCAAGACACACGGGAGAAGGUUUAUAUAAACUUAUGCAACAUCUUCCCUCCUGAUCUUGUGAGAAUUGUUAUGAAAAGGAAUCCUCACAUGACAGAUGCUCAGCAACUUGCUGCUGCCAUUUUAGUGGAAAAAUCCCAGCUAGGUUAUUGA